AUGUUGCGUCGUCAAGUACGUCUUCGUAGAGAGUAUGUUUAUAGAAAAACAAUUGAACAAAGACAAAAAACUAUUGAAGAUAAAAAACAACGUUUGAAACGAGCACUCGAUGAAAAUAUGUCCAUACCAAACGAUUUACGGAAAGAUGCGUUAGAUAUUCAGAAAUCAUUGGACUGGGAUGGAGACGGUGGCGAAGGUGUAUUGAAUGCGGAAGACGAUGAAUAUCGUUGGGCCGGUGUAGAAGAUCCAAAAGUAAUAAUAACAACAUCACAUGAUCCAAGUUCAAAAUUAAAACAAUUUUCCAAGGAGAUAAAUCACUUGAUACCAAAUUCUCAACGAAUUAACAGAGGAAAUUAUAAUACAAAACAAUUGAUAGAAGCCUGUCGUGGAAAUCAAGUAACCGAUCUUAUUCUCGUACAAGAAACAAGAGGCAUACCAGAUGUUAUUCAAAUCAGCCAUUUUCCAUAUGGACCAACAGCCUCAUUUUCAUUGAAUAAUGUUGUUACACGACAUGAUGUUCCAGAUGUUGGUCCUAUGGCCGAGCAAUAUCCACAUUUGAUAUUUAAUAACAUGACAUCAAAGUUAGGACAACGUACAAUGAAUAUAUUGAAAUAUUUAUUUCCAGUACCAAAAGAAGAUAGUCAUCGUGUAAUUACAUUUGUCAAUGAGGAUGAUUAUAUUUCAUUUCGUCAUCAUAUUUACAAGAAAAAUGAAGGCGAUAUUGAGUUGGUGGAAAUUGGACCACGUUUUGAAAUGAAAUUAUAUCAAAUUAAAUUAGGUACACUUGAUCAAAUAGAUGCAGCUGAUACAGAAUGGCAAUAUCGUCCAUUUAUGAAUACGACCAAAAAACGACGAUUUUUGACAGAUGAAUAG